CUGGACAGAGUGCCCUUAGUUCCUGCUGUCUCCCAAAGUCGAACAGAAGGACCGUCCAGCUGCUGCAGAUGAAAGCCUGGGAGCUAAGCUGCGUCUUUGCUCCACCGUGGGGUGGAGCAGACCGGCAGGGAGGUGCCAAGUGGCACUCGGUGGCUCAGGGCACCAGUCGGGCGGUUGCAGCUGGAGGCAAGCGCCUUUCUCUGCCUGCGCCCCGCCUCAUCCGGACAUCCCCGCCCGCGGCAGGUGGGCAGGUGGCAGAACCGGCCUGACCUGCUCCACUGGCCCAGCCCUGGAGCUCAGAGCCUGGCGGUGGCCAGCGGCGCCAUGGAGGGGUACGCGGACCCCGAGGAGCUGGCGCGGCUGCGCUCGGUCUUUGCCGCCUACGACACGAAGGGCUCCGGGCGCCUGGAGCGAGCGGAGUUCGGCGCGCUGUGCGCGGAGCUGCACGUGGCUGAGGCCGAAGCGGAGGCGGUGUUCCUGGGGCUCGACACCGACCGCGAUGGUGCCAUCACCUUCCCGGAGUUCGCGCGCGGCUUCCGCGGAGCGUUCGGCCGGGACAGUGCAGAGGCCCAGGGAGCCUGGGACGCGGCAGAGCCGGAGAUCCCGGGCCCGGCGUGGCGGGACUUCCAUGCGCGCCUCGGAGACGAGGCCCAACUCAUUCCCAGAAAAGAACAAGUUAGUACCUUGUACCAGAAUAUCAAUCUUGUGGAGCCAAGACUAAUUCAGCCAUAUGAACAUGUGAUAAGAAACUUUCUUCGAGAGAUCAAACUCCAGAGCACAGAAAUGGAAAACUUGGCUAUUGCAGUGAAGAGAGCCCAAGACAAGGCAGCCAUUCAGCUGAGUGAGUUGGAAGAGGAAAUGGAUCAGAGGAUUCAUGCAGUGGAAAAUGAGACCCGGAAAGACGAAAAACGUAAAGCAGAGGAAGCCCUCAGUGAUCUCAGACGUCAGUAUGAAACAGAAGUAGGAGACCUACAGGUGACCAUUAAAAAGUUAAAAAAGCUUGAAGAACAAUCGAGACACAUAAGUCAAAAGCAAGAUGUGACAGCAUUAAAGAAACAAAUUUAUGAUUUAACAAUGGAAAAUCAAAAACUCAAGAAAGAUCUUUUGGAAGCACAGACAAAUGUAGCCUUUCUUCAGAGUGAAUUAGAUGCUUUGAAAAGUGAUUAUGCUGACCAGAGUCUGAAUUCUGAACGGGAUCUGGAAAUAAUCCGAGAGUACACAGAAGAUCGGAGUAGUCUUGAGAGGCAAAUUGAAAUCCUCCAAACAGCUAACCGGAAGCUGCAUGACAGUAAUGAUGGCCUCCGGAGUGCACUGGAAAACACUUACAGCAAGCUCAACAGAUCUUUGCGUAUGAACAACAUAUCACCAGGAAAUACAAUUUCUAGAAGCAGUCCCAAAUUUAAUCACCAUUCUUCUCAGCCACUGGCCUAUGAUAGGUCAUUCCAUUCUUCAUAUGCAGAUGAGGAUUGUGACUCUUUGGCUCUCUGUGAUCCUCUGCAGAAGAUGAAUUAUGAAGUUGACAGCCUGUCUGAGAGUUGUUUUGACAGUGGUUUGUCUACUCUGAGAGACUCCAAUGAGUGUGACUCUGAAGCAGACUACAAGCACCAGAGAGAAUUCCAGAGUUUGCAUGAAACACAGGAGAGCCUUGGGGGAGAUGCAUCAGACACAGAUGUUCCUGAUAUAAGAGAUGAAGAAGCUUUUGAUUCUGAAAGCGUGGCCUCUGUGUUACACUGGAAGCCACAGGGAUCUGUUGGUGAAGGCAGCACUGUCAGCUCCUCCAGAAAACCCAUCUCAGCUCUUUCACCUCAAGCAGACAUGGUGGAUAAUAACUGCAAACUGACAUCUCAGAAGGCAUACAAGAUUGUGCUUGCUGGAGAUGCUGCAGUGGGGAAGUCCAGCUUCCUCAUGAGACUGUGCAAGAAUGAAUUUCAAGGAAAUACAAGUGCAACCCUAGGAGUUGAUUUCCAGAUGAAAACUUUGAUUGUAGAUGGUGAACGAACAGUUCUUCAGCUCUGGGAUACAGCUGGGCAAGAGAGAUUCAGAAGUAUUGCCAAAUCUUACUUCAGAAAAGCAGAUGGCGUCUUACUGCUGUAUGAUGUUACUUGUGAAAAAAGCUUUCUUAACGUACGAGAAUGGGUGGAUAUGGUUGAGGAUGGAGCCCAGAGAAGUGUUCCUAUCAUGUUAAUAGGAAACAAGGCUGAUCUUCGUGAUUCUGCUAGUGCAGAGAAACAAAAGUGUAUCUCAGCGUACCUUGGAGAAAAACUGGCCAUGACGUAUGGGGCAUUAUUCUGUGAAACAAGUGCCAAAGACGGAUCCAAUGUCGUUGAAGCUGUUCUCCAUCUUGCUCGGGAAGUAAAGAAAAGGACAGAGGAUGAUGACAGCAAAUCCAUUACGAGUCUAGUCGGAUCCACUUCCAGAAAGUCACUGCAGAUGAAGAACUGUUGCAAUGGCUAAAUCGCAGCUAUCUUUAGUUCAUAAAGUGCUUGUUUCCAAAAUACUGAUCGUGGGACCCUAGUUCUCAAUGGAGUGGUGCAUUAUACAACACCGGCCAAUGAAGAAUUUCAACCUGGCAAAUUGAGCCACGCUUGUCUGUCCUCAGGAACCUCAGGCUUUCUUUGUUCUAUCUCAGUGAACUACUUGGGUUGUCUGACCCCUAUAGAUCACUAAGAGGGAAUGUGUUAAUGAUUUUAAUAUAAUAUGGUAAAAUAAAAUUACACUUUCAGAUCAAAACUAUUGAGAACCCACUGAUAAAAUAAAAUUACUUCAUAAGAAAAUUGACUUUGUAGUUAACCUGUGACAGUGUUUGCUUAAAAAUUUGGAUGCAAGAGCUUAAUACUUUGUUUUAUGGAAAUCAGUGUUUAAUACAAAGAACAAGGAAACUGGUAGGCUGUUAUAUAUUAUUGCUUUAAACCAUGGAUGCUAUCAGAUAGCAUGAAUAUUUUUCAUUUGUCCAAUCAGCUUUGCUGUUACCUAAUCUUAUAAUACUGGGUAUGCCCAGGCCAUAUUAGACCUCUUCUGCUCUGUAAAAUAAGGAAGUUAGUGACCAGUGUAUAUUAGAUUCUCUAGUAUUUUAAGAAGCAGGAAGGGCACAGUGGUUCACAGUACUAAGGACCCUGUGAAGUAUGCCUUUUGAUAUAGAGGUAUUGGGUUUUCAAAUUUCUGAAGAAAGAAUUUAUUUGAGAAAUUGGAAAUAUUUUAGAUGUCAAUGUAAAUAAAAAUACUUUGUGAAAAAAGAAAGAAUGUUUAAAAAUGUAUGUAAUAAAUAUACAAUAUCAAGAGUACUUGUGAAGUCUGAGGCUUAAAUUGUAUGUGAAAAUUUUAGUGAAGAUAUUUAUAACACAUACUACCUAAAGAAAAAUGCUACAAAAAUGUAUUUCACCUACUGACUUCCAGAGGCUGAGAGUAGUUGGCACUAAUGGCCAAAGGAUAUGUGCCUUCUUAGGAGGAUGACCACAGUCUUCUAAAAUUAGAUUAGAAGUAGUAGCAUAAAUUGGAAUAUGCUAGAAAACACCAAACUUUGUAUUUGUAAAGGAUAAGUUUUAUGAAUCUGAAUAUGUUUCAUAGACAAACACAGUGUAGUAACAACAUUUUACCAAAUGACUAUAUUGUUGCUAAUUUACAUUGACCUGUAAUUUAGAACUUUAUCUGUAGCAUAAUGGCAGUUCCUAAGCUCCUAUCGUCAAGCAUUUCUUUUCUCUUUAAUGAAUAUUGGGAGAUUGUUAUUAGGCAUGAUUUUGGAAAGUACCCUAUUGAAAAGAGAAUUACAUUUAAAUGUUAGUCAGUACUUUGAAUAAUGUGACUUCUGACUGCUUAUCACCCAGGACAUGGUUAGUCUUGCUUUUCGUCUGGAACUUUGAAUACCUCCCACUCCUUCUGACCAAAAUAUCUUUAAGAGGCAAAGGCCUUUCUAUCUGACCCAGGAUGGGCAAGCAAAAAUAGCAUUACCGGUAGUCAGAACCAGUAAGAUAAUUCUUAAUGAGCGAUAUUUUGGUUCAUACAGGUCUAGACUUUGAAUAGCUUACCCAGAACAUAAAUAUUACUGGUUACUUAUGUGAAUUGUAUUAUGUAUGUUCAAACAUUCCUUUUUGAUGAACUAAAAAAAUUCACUGGGCUAGCAAUGUGUCUCAGGAAGUAAAAGUACUUGUUGCCCAAGCUUGCCAACCCAAAAUUUGUGCCUGAACUCACAGUGGAAGGGGAGAAUGAAUUCCUGAAAUUGGUUUCUGACAUUUACAAAUGUCUGCCAUAGUGGCCAAAUGAUACAUGUGCACGCAUAGAGCAAUAAAUAAUUAUU